UAGCUAGCGUCGAGCCAUUCAUAUCAGGCUAACUGCUUCAUCACUCGCUGACAGCCUCGGCCUUUUCGGGGUUUGUUACCGGUGUUAGUCGUAGUACGACAGUUAAAUAGAAAAUGGCUUUGCUAACGCCGUUAAUUGCGUUCCUGUAUCACCUGCCGCAGGUGUACAAGUGGCUGCUGAAGCCUUACUAUGUAGCCUCUCUCUUCAUGUCCAUAGCCUUUCUAGUUGUCCGCAAGGCGCCUGGCAUCUGCGACAAUCUGACUACACAGCGAGAGGACGGCAACUCCUGCGACUUCGACUGGAGGGAGGUGGAGAUCCUCAUGUUCCUCAGUGCCAUCGUCAUGAUGAAGAACAGACGAGCGAUAACGGUGGAGCAGCAUGUGGGCAACAUCAUCCUGUUCAGCAAAGUGGCCAAUGUCAUCCUCUUCUUCAGACUGGACAUCAGGAUGGGCCUGCUCUACCUGACACUCUGCAUAGUGUUUUUGAUGACCUGUAAGCCUCCUCUUUACAUGGGACCAGAGUACAUCAAAUACUUCAGCGACAAAACCAUCGAUGAUGAGCUGGAUAGAGACCCUCGUGUGACGUGGAUUGUUGAAUUUUUCGCCAACUGGUCUCCAGAGUGCCAGUCCUUUGCUUCUGUCUAUGCUGAUCUCUCCCUCAAGUAUAACUGUGCUGGUCUCAAGUUUGGUAAAGUGGACAUUGGACGUUAUGGAGAGGUUUCCAAAAAGUACAAGGUGUCGGCGUCUCCGCUGUCCAAGCAGCUUCCCUCCUUGGUGUUGUUUCAGGGCGGGAAGGAGGUAAUGCGGCGCCCCCAGGUGGAUAAGAAGGGUAGAGCCGUGUCCUGGAGCUUCACUGAGGAGAACAUCAUCCGAGAGUUUAACCUGAACGAACUCUACCAGAAAUCCAAGAAGCUCAACAAGAGCAAAGGAGACAAGCUCAUGCAGUCCCAGUUCCCCCCGGUCCCCGAGGAGGACGAGCCCGAGCAGCCAGGAGCCCACGAAGAGGAGGGGGUGGCUGAGUCCAAGAAGGACAAAUAAGACGGUUUGUAUCACUCGGCUUUCACUUCUGGAUGGAACAUGUGGUUCCAGCCAGCUCCUCCUCCUCCUUGUCUUCAAAGUGUUCAGAUGUAAGCUGGUGAAUCAGAACAGGGCUGGUGUUGCUGUGGAUCAUCGUGAGAAUGAAAAUAGCCACAGUACUUCUGCCUCUUUAACACUAAACUCCUGUUUAACCCAUUCAUUUAACAGCUACACUGUUUCCCUCCAUAAGAGAGCAUAGAGAACACGUGUACACUCCAGCAGAGGAGCAGACUGGGAUACAGUCAACCAGCUUUUCUUUUUUUUUGGGGGGGGAGAGUCGUGUAAGGCCUGGGAAUGUGCACCACACAUUUGUGAUGGUUAAAGGGAUAGUUUGGGUCUUCAGCAGUGUGGUUGUGCUCCUCUAUAGUCAGUGUAUACUACAGUACAUGUAGAAGCAGACCGGAGUACCAGCAUGAAGGUAACUGAUGUACUGUGGACAGAUUUUAGACACCUAAAGUCAAUUUAUGUGUAGGCUUUAUUUAGAACAUUUUCACUGCUUACCAUGACAUCAAAAAGCCCUUUAUUGUGGCAUUACAUUUUCUCUACCGUGGAACUUCCAUAUUCCUACGCAUGAGCACUGUAUUACGCCACAGAUCCGCCGUGUGGGAAUGGAAGUGCUGUUUCUAGAUCAGACUGACGUACACUGAAACUGAUAGAUUUGUUUAUGUGGACCUAUUGUUUUAGGUUUUUAAAAUGUGUCCACAGCAGAACAUUGGUCAGCUUCCUGCUGGUACUCCGUCCUACACUGACCUCAUACACCACUUCAAAAGAGCCCAACUAUCCCUUUAAAGUCUGAGUGAAUCAGAAGAGUUCUUACUAACUAAUAGUAAGGGAGCAGUGAAUGUGAUGCUACUUUGUUGUUUUAGAUUUUUUAUGCAACUAAUUUAAUUAGAUUAGAUUUUUUCCAAUGAUCCUCUGAAUAACUAUACAUUCAUGUAAACUAAGUAGUGCACACACAGAAGGCUGCUUGACUUACAUUUCCAGUGUUGAUUCAGUGUCCUGGUGGUUUUGGUUUGAGGUGACAGAUAUGGGAGCGCUUGUUUAACAUGAACUUGAAUGUGGACAGACCAACUCAAAUACAUUUUACAGAUCGUUUAUUGUUGAUUUUGUAUUCAGUGUAUGAGCGUCUCGGAGGGAGAUGAGCGUGACUGUCAUACAUUCAGGUUUUAUACUGAUUUUUUUAUUUACUUUUAUUUUGUUGCUAACAAGGUCCUCUGUAUUUUUCUGUUUUUAGAAGCAGGCAGUGCUCGAGCUUCAGUAUCCACUAGCACUCUAUGUUCUACAGUUUCUCAACCCCCAUCGCUUUUGUUACAAUUACACUUCCAAUAAAGUUAGUUUUUGGAAAAUGACCACGUCCUCAACAGUGAAGGGCAGCGUUACUUAGUUAUGAACCGUAUUCCACUCUGGUAGAUGCAGAUAAUAUGGUCUGCGUGUCCUGCAGUGAACUUCACUUUUCUAUCACAUUUGGUACAGACGUUCAUGUUCCCCUCAGGAUCAAUCGUAAUCACUUUAAUGAUGAUCGGACUUUUCAUCUAUAUUUGUCCAAUACUUUGGUUUAUGAGACAAUACCUGCAGAACUAAUUAUACUCAUCAGCCUCAGCUUUACUUUGUGGUAACUGAUAAUUAGCUAAUGUUAGCAUGCUAACAUGCUAUACUAUGAUGGUAAACAUACCUGCCAAACAUUAGCACGCUGACUUGAGCGUAUAGAACAUCCAGAGCAGCUAGCAUGUCUGUGGAUACUUUGUCUAGUUUUUCUGUUUCAAAUGACAUCAAACCUCAGCCUGUACAUAAUAUUACGUAGUCUCCUUGACGUCACCCCUAAAUCUCGGCCGUCGCCAUCUUGGCAGUAACGCGUCUAACUCCCUACUAAUCUAAAAAAUAAGCAAAGAGGUGGAUCGUGGGUGAACUUGAGGUGAGCCCGGGUGAUGCAGCAGAACAGACAGCUAGCCGCUAGUGACCUGAGACAGCACCAACCAGCCCCUAAUAAUGUGUAACUUUAAGCCUUAAUAUAAUUAAAACGGGUGAGUAAUACAAAGCUUCACAACCCGUACAAUGGUCUAUAAAAAGGGAAAUAAUCUAUAAUGGCCAAAACCUUGUUUUGUACCAGGCUGUAAACGUGUUUGUCUUGUAAAGUUUUAUCAUGUGUGUCUACGGAGUUGACUCUCUUUUGGAGCCAGCUUCAAGUGGCCAUUCAAGGAACUGCAGAUUUUUGGCUUCACUGCCCAGCACCAGAGGUGGCCACUUCUGUAAAACAAAUUUCAACAUGAGUCAGAAGUCAUCCACAAGCUGUCUCCACUUGAAGUGAUCACACACUGGGUCCUGUGCCUGGGGUUGAGAAACUAGCUCACCUGAACAAACCUCAUUAGACAGCACUUUCAUACUGCUGCUGGAUGCACGUAUCCAGGACUGACACAAGUCAUGUUAGCCAAUCAAAUGAUGUCAAACACUAGUCCUGCACAUUGAUUGGCUGCAUACUGGACACACGUGAGAUUAGCAUGAUGAGCAUGUUUGCAGUCCGGUCCUAAUGACUCACACAUCCACUUAACAUUUGAUUUGUUAUAUGAACUCUUGCUAACAUUCCUAAUCGGGAUUUUGAGCUCUUUUUCCUUGUAGUAGUUAACUGGUAAACAUAUGCACACAUGCAGCGUUUAAAUGAAGACACUGUGACUUUAUUCCUUAAUCAUUAUUUUAUUAACUGUUAUUUUGUAUUGCACACUUAAUGUGAAUUUGAUUUGACCUUUUGUCAUGUUGCAUUUCAUUUGAGCUGCAUUCCAAGGCUUGUAUGUAUAUCUGCUCCUGUACAUGUAUGGAGAAGUCUGGCCUGUUUUGUUAUUCAUGCAAUAAAAUAAUGUGCACAUGAUGCAUUUCAA